GAAUAAGGCGUGGGUCUUGUGUCUGUUUAAGCUGGUGAGAGACGAUUCAGACUACAGAGAUUUCUUGGUUAAUAUUUGACAAAACUUGACCUGUACAAAGUUGAAAAAAACAUUAGCUGUCAUUAGCUGAGAUGUGAGGGGCUCAUUCCCUGCCCCCUUUUACGCAACACCCUGCUCAGAGAACAUGACAUUCGAUCGACUCGCGUAGAUAUGAAGUCUGAGGAAGCUGACAACGUCGAAGAAUUAAAUAAUUUACCUGUGGAUUCUAUUCGGAUUGCUCCGUAUUUGUCUGAACUGAAAGAAAAAGCAGAAGUAAGCAUUCGACACUUGAAUCUGUCGGCAACUUUUUUGAUACGGUUCCUGCAGGCGAGAGACUUUGAUGUGGCUCUGGCGCUCAAGCUUUUGAUUAACUAUCAUAAAUUGAGACAAGAAUGUCCAGAAAUAACAGCUGAUCUGCGGCCAUCAUCCGUCAUUGGACUUCUGCAAAACAAUUACCAUGGAGUUUUGAGAUCACGAGAUGAUGCUGGAAGUCGAGUUCUAAUUUAUCGGGUUGGUCAGUGGAACCCCAAAGAAUUCACAGCUUAUGAGGUUUUCCGUGUAAGCCUCAUUACAUCAGAGUUGAUUGUUCAAGAAUGGGAGACUCAAAGAAAUGGACUCAAAGCAAUUUUUGAUCUCCAAGACUGGUGCUUUGCACAUGCCCUGCAGAUAAAUCCUUCUUUGGCAAAAAAGAUAUCUUCUGUACUUACAGACUCCUUUCCUUUGAAAGUACGUGGCAUCCAUUUGAUAAAUGAGCCUAUUUUUUUCCGUCCCGUCUUUGCUAUGAUCCGUCCAUUUCUUCCAGACAAAAUCAAACAACGGAUUCAUAUGCACGGGAGUUCAUAUGCCCAAAGUCUCUGUGAUUACUUUCCGAAAGCUAUCCUCCCUCCGGAGUAUGGAGGAACCGGACCCAUCAUAGAUGAAGUGUGCCAAGAUUGGACUGAGUACAUCAUGCAGUCUGAAGACUAUCUUCAGAGGCUCUCUAUAGACUUAGGUGGAGGAGAUGCUUCUCAGUCAUCUGCCUGUGAGUGAUUACAAUGAAGGUAUUUCUUACCAUGUUCUCUUUGCUAAAUGAUGUAACAGACUCCGCUGGGGCAGGUUACAUACAGUCUCUGAAAAUUCACCCAAAAAUUAAAAUGCACUUGCCCUCAGGACAAUUAAGAUUCUCCACUGGAACAGAUUCUGAGAAAUUUAGCAGUACAUCACUACAGUGAAUGGGUGCCAUCAGAAUGAGAGUUCAAAGAGCUGAUGAAAACAUCACAAUAAUCCACUGGUAAUCCAUGUGUCUCCAGUCCAGAACAUCGUAUGAAGCAAAAACCUGCAUGUUUGUAACAAAUUAUUAUUAUUAUUUUAAUCUAUCCACAAUAUUGCUUUCUCCAGGGGAAAAGGCAUCUAAUAUGAAUAAGGAGCGAAAUAGAUUAAGCUGUGUUUAUAAGUGAAAAAAGUUCAAAACAAUUCUAAACAAAUGUGCCUGUGGAUGGCCUGAGAGUGAGUACAUUUUAAUUAUGGGGUGAAACAUUCCUUUAAAUUGUAAAGCAUGUUAGUGUAAACAUAUAUGCUUAUACUUGUACUUUUUUCUCUCCAUGUUGUACAUUAAUUAAUAGUGCAACUUUUUAAAUGGUAUGCCUAGCUCUCCUAAUAUUCCAGACUUGAAAAAAAAGUCAUAUUUUUGAAUAAUGUGAUUUUAUUGAAUUCUGUAGCACACCGAUAUUCACUGCGAGUACUUGAUAUACCUCUGAAGUUACAAUAUAGCAUCAGAUAGCAUAUUUUGUGUUUACUUUUUAGAAGGAUUCCACAGUCACUUGUAAAUAACACAAGUAGUGUACAAUGUUGUGCGUGACCAAAAUAUCAAAGUGCCUUUCUUCUUUUUCUUUGUGAAUUGUCUUUAUUGUUGUAUUUUCAUAACAAUGGACAUAACUCAGGAUGUUAAAUAAGUCUCUGUGCUUUUAGAAGUUAGAUAUUAGUUAUCAUGAACUGCUUCAUUAUAUUGUUCCUCUUCAG